AUGGGGGCGAAGCUGCGGCUCCUCUGUGCCGCCGCCGCGCUGCUGUGCGCGGCGCAGCCGGGGCGGUUCCGCGCCCGCAGCGCUGCCGCCGCCGUGCUCGGCGGGGGCGAAGGGGAAGGGUACGUGGUGAAGCUCUGCGGCCGGGAGUUCAUCCGCGCCGUCAUCUUCACCUGCGGCGGGUCCCGCUGGAAGCGGCUCUCCCUGCUGGCUGUGGAGCCGCCGCCCGCGGCCGAUUUUAUUGAAACAACAAGUAACAAACUGCUGGGAAACCUAAAGUUACAGUCAUUUUCAGGUUCUGAACUGGAGCAGCUGCAGAGAAACAGCCCUCUGCUUGGAUGGGAGACACUGAAAGACUUGUAUAAUUUAAAUGAUUAUAAUGAAUAUGCACCUGUGGCAGAUGACUUCAAGGAAUUUCUUCACCAGAUAGAAGAAGCUGUUCAGGACAGAGGAGGAACAGGAAUUGCAAACCCUGUGGGAUCAAAUAAUUUCCCCUGGGCCAAGUAUCCCAGAAGAAAACGGGAAUCUCUGGGUUUGGCAGGAAUGUGUUGCAAAUGGGGCUGUACAAAAGCUGAGAUUAGUACUAUAUGCAGAGUUUAAAAUUCUCCCUGUGC